AAAACUCAAACUCCAAUAACACAGUGAAUUUGAAAAGCUCUGUAAAACCCCAUCCAAGUCUUCCAAAUCGGCAAAAUACAACAACGUUUUUCCUUUCUUCUGGGUAAAGAACUCUGUAACUAGUAUAUUUAAGAUAUUAAUAUUAAAGGAGAAAGAUAAGAAAUUACUCAAUUUUUUCUUCCAAUUAAUAAAAUACCUUUUUUUUUUUUUUUUUUUGCUGUUUUCUCAAUUUCUUCUUCUCAAACCCCCGAAAUUCCUUAUUCCUUCCACGCAAUCCAAACUUCUCUCUUUUCCUUCUUUCUCUCUCCUCUUUUUCUCACCGUUUGCGGAAAAAUUCCCCUUUUUCGAGGUCUAAUCGGGUGAUUUUUGCUGCUCUUUUGCUGUUCGUGUAUCAAUUGAUCAUAACAAUUUCUGGGUUUUCAGGACCUUCAUUUGAUUGUUUGAGCGGGGAAUGGACUUACCGUAUACAACUACUGCUGUUGCUUGCAAAUAAUGUCCAAUUGGCAAGGGGGUAGAAAUGCUUUGAGCAUAUUUAAGUGGAAAAAACCUGGUGAUCCUUCACUAUCUAUUGGCCUACUCAAUGAUAUUCCUCCUGAGAUUGAACUAUCCGAAUAUGGAAGGGUGCCGAGUCCUGGAAGUGAAAGCCCUUCUGGGCUACUUAACGGGGAGAGCCUGAAAGUGGAACCUAUUGCUGAUUUGGACCUGUUCUUUGAAAGGCUGUAUAGCUACUAUUGUGAAAAAGGGCUUUGGUGCAUCAUUGUGAAGUGGAUAGUUGAACUCUUGAGUCUUGCUUUUACAAUAUGCUUUUCAGGGUUUUUCUUACUUUUCGUUGACUGGAAUGGUCUCCGCAAUGCUAAAUGUGGAAUCGAUGCUGUUGAAUCUGGAACUAAGCCCUGUGACCUUGCGAUAGAAGCUCUCCAUGCGCAUCCAUUAACCCCACUUACACUUCCCAAGGCAAUUAUUCUUGGGUACCUGGGUAUAUUUUCCAUAUAUUGGGUCUUCUGUUUUCUAAGGUUUUUUGCUCAGCUUAAGGAGACUCUUAGGAUACGUCACUUUUAUUACAACUGUCUCCAUGUUACAGAUGAUGAGUUGAAGACCAUGCCAUGGCCUUCUAUUCUUGAGAAAGUGGUUCGUGUUCAGAAUUCACAGAAGCUAUGUGUUGUGAAGGAUCUGUCAGCUCAUGAAAUUGUAAUGCGAUUGAUGCGGAAGGAAAAUUACUUGAUUGGCAUGAUCAACAAGGGGAUUCUUGCUUUCCCUAUAUCUAAGUGGAUCCCUGGUGCUGGUCCAGUUGUCAAGUCUGGCCCUAAUAGGGGCCAUCAACGCCUCAUAUUGACAAAAACACUUGAGUGGACCUUGAAUUGGUCCAUAUUACAGAGCAUGUUUGACAGAAAAUUCUGUAUCAGGGAGGAGUUUGUCUCAAAUCCUGGUGCUUUGAGGAAAAGACUUGUAGUAGUUGGACUGGCAAUGCUUCUCCUUUCUCCAUUUUUAGUAAUAUUCAUGCUGGUUUAUCUCUUCUUGAGGCACGCUGAACAAUUCUAUAACCACCCAACAACAGCAUCAUCUCGAAGAUGGUCAAAUUUGUCAAAGUGGAUGUUUAGGGAAUUUAACGAGGUGGAACACUUCUUUAGACACCGCAUAAACAGCAGUGUCAUACAUGCUUCAGAUUACUUGAAACAAUUUCCAUCUCCCAUAAUUUCAGUUGUUGCUAAAUUCAUCUCAUUCAUAUCUGGAGGCUUUGCUGCGGUGCUGAUCAUUAUUGCUUUGCUGGAUGAAUCUUUGCUGGAGGGCCAUAUAUUUGGCCGUAAUUUGUUUUGGUAUGUUGCUGUAUUUGGAGCAAUUACGCAUAUCAGCCGGGAUGCUGUGACAGAUGAGCUUCUAGUUCUUGACCCCGAGGGCACAAUGUCCUUGGUGGUUCAGCACACUCAUCACAUGCCAAAGAGAUGGCGUGGUAAAGAAAAUACAGAGACGGUCAGGAUGGAGUUUGAAACUUUAUUUCAGUAUACAGCAAUGACGUGGCUGGAGGAGAUGGCCUCUAUAUUUCUAACUCCUUAUUUGCUUAUAUAUGUUGUGCCAAAGAAAGUGGAUGACAUUCUGCAGUUCAUCUCUGAAUUUACGGUAUACAUAGAUGGAGUUGGUGAUGUUUGCAGCUUUAGUGCCUUUGAUUUUCAAAAGCAUGGCAACGGCAAUUAUGCUUCUCCAUACAAUUCACUUCCCACCCAGAGGAGCUCCCAAGGAAAGAUGGAAAAAUCUUUUCUGAGCUUUCAAACCAGCUAUCCCUAUUGGCAAUCAGAUGCUCAAGGGAUGCAUUUUCUAACCACUCUCAGAGCAUUCCGGAAUGAAAAGUUGAGAAGGCCUAAUCCUGGAUAUGGGCAUUCACCACCCAGAAGAUGGCAACAGAGUCCAAGUUUGAUAGAUCAUAACUCCAGAAACAGCCACUUCAGAAGAGAAUCCCCUUACAACAGUCCUGCACCGGGUUAUCAUUUGGGCUCUCUGUGGCUUAUCGAAACUGAUCCUAAAACUCACCCUUAUCUUCUUGAUUGGUUUUAUGUGUCCGGGGCUCGUCAUGUUAUUGGUACUAAUGAUGUCCCAUCAGUUUCUAUGGACAUUGAUAAUGAGCAAAGCAAAGAAAUCUGGAAGCCAUCCUUAAAUAUUGAAGCCAGUCAUGGAGAAAGUUGGCCUAAUUUCUUUGAGAAUCGGUCAAAGAGCCAUCUAGAAGCUUCCACGUCAUCUCCAGUCUUUCUGGAAGACCAAAGUGUUCUGCGGCAUCAUGACUCAAGCAACAUGUUGCCGUCUGCUAGGAGCCACUGGUGGGACCGUGGUGGGCCCAGCAGUGCGGAGCCUCAACAAGCAAGCUUUCUUGAGCCUCCUGAGUUUCAGCACCAUGGCGGGCCCGAACAAGGCAGCUUUCUUGAGCCUCCUCUGUUCAGAUACAAUGGCGGGCCCCAACAAGCCAGCUUUCUUGAGCCUCCUGAAUUUAACCGUCACAAUGGCAGUGAUUACUACGGAAGCCAUUCAGAGAGGAGCGUAGAUGAGCACGAUCAACCAUUGGAUUGGGGCAACUACCACCAGUUGUCUCGAACGACCGAUCCUGUUGAAUUUGGUACCAGUGGUGGCGAUUUUAAGCUCCAUUUUGAUGAUGUCUAUAAACCUUCAGAACCUCCUACCAUAAAUAUAGACUCUAGAGACUUAGCCCCUGAUACAUAUCAAGUGAACUAAUUCUUGAUCCCCUACACGGAAUCGUUGUUUUUUCAUUUUCAUUUCUUGGGUUCUUUUUGGUACAUAAUCUUAGGGCUAUUUUCUCCUUUUUGUUUGGUGCAAGGAGAGCAGAAGAUCGUAAUUCUUUGUUGUACAUAAUUCAUGGCUUAAAAAAAAAAAAGUUGCAUUUAGAAUUGACCUUGCCUCUCUUUCUAGAAUUGUACAAAGAAAAACUUGCAUUUUAGGUUGCUCAUAAUCCUUGUCUUGUUUGUAAGUAUGCAAUUGCUGUUAGCUAAUUAAUAAAUUAAGAGGUGAAUUGGUUAUAUUGGUUCAACUA